AAAAUAAUAGACUAAUAAUUAUUUACCUAAAAUUAUUUCCUUAUAUUCGAUUUUGAAAAAUUUUCGAAAUAAAAAUAUUAGUUGUGUUUCGGUCCUGUUGUGUUUAUAGUGCUGAAGAUGGUGCUUGCUGCUUUUCUAUCGGUGUUAAGCGUUGUGUUUGGCUUAGCCUUGGCUCAAGUUACUGAGUUAGAUUUCAAUUUUCUGGAGCAGCGGAAAGAAGGAUUAUGGCUAGUAGAGUUUUAUGCACCAUGGUGUGGUCAUUGCCAGAGAUUAGAACCUAUCUACAAUCAAGUUUAUAUCCAUCUGCGCCAUACUGCCAUCAAAGUAGGAAAGCUGGACUGUACCAAACAUUCAAAUGUGGCCAAUAUGUUUGGAGUCAAAGGAUUCCCUACAAUAAAAUUUGUUAAAGGUGAAGACAUAUAUACUCAUAGAGGAGAUCGAACAAAAGAGGAUAUUAUAAAAUUUGCUCUAAAAGCUCAAAUGGAUCCCAUUAACACUAUAACCAGUGAGGGUAAGUUUACAGAGAUUGAGCACUAUCAUCAUAAUGAAGUAUUUUUCAUGUAUGUUGGCAAAGAAUCACCAGACAUUAUAUUAUAUAAAAAGUUUGUAUUGACAGCUAGGAGACAACUGAUCCAAAGCUAUUUUUAUGUGGGGGAAAGCAGAGUAUUACCACCACAUGUAAGGAUGACCAGGAGUCCAACUGUUCUUGUUUUUAAAGAUAAUCUUUAUGAUGAAUAUUUUGGUGAACCAUCAAUGACUGAACUUGAUGACUGGGUAGUUAAAGAACGUUACCUCGCAUACCCUACAGUUACUGCCAAUAUUCUCAAUGAAAUGGUAGAGCUAAAGAAAAUUCUAGUAAUUACUGCUUAUAAUAAAGAAGACAGUAAAAAUAGAAAAAUUAAUGCCCGGUAUGAAAAAAUGUCAAUUGAAUUAGCAUUGAAUCAGAAGAGGAAGUUUCACAAUCAGUUUCAGUUUGCUCAUUUGAAUGACUCUGAACCAUUGAAUAGUAUCACCAUGUCUACUAUUGAAAUGCCAACAUUACUUGUUUAUGAUUCUGAGUCACAGUACUACUAUAUGCCAGAGAAAGAGGUCAAAGAUCUUACUCUUGCAGAGUAUAGUCAGUUUCUUAUAGAUGUUUCUGAAGGAAAAGUUACUGCCCAAGGAGGUACAGGAUUUACUCAAAGACUAAAAAGAAUCGGUUAUGAUAUAUGGUCAACAGUUUUGGCCAUAUGGACAGCAUCACGAUGGUUAUUUCUUUUGAUGUUUGGCCUGCCAACAGUUAUUAUUAGUGUUGUUUGCUAUAGUAUUUGUUGUAUGGAGCCCUUUGAUCAAGAAGCUGCUUUAUCUGAUGCUGAAGAUGAAGAUGAAGACAGUCAUAAACGUAGUAAACAAGAUGGCCCAAAACCCUGUCCGAAAGCAGUUCCACACAAAUGUACAAAACAUUUAAAAUCUGAAUAAGGUUGUCUCAUUUAAUUGAUCUCAUCCAUUAAUCCCUUUAUCAGCCGCCAAUGGAACUGCUAUCUUGAACAGCUUUCCUGUCUUCGUCAUGGAAAACUCAUUCUUUUUUUAACAACUCUCACAUCUUCCAUGCAUUUUAUGUUUAUUUAUUUGCCCCUGUCUCCCUUCUUCUUUUUAUAUUUGUCUGUCUAAAUCAACUGCCACCCACCUCUUACAGGAUGACAUAAAUCUGUGACAAGUAAGGAAUGUAGUGCAGGAAAACAAAAGUUAACAAAAAUAUAUCUAUAAAUAAAUACAUAAAAAAUAUAUUAAUAAAACAUUAAAAAAAAUUGAAAUUAAAUCUUUAUUGUUUACUGUUUCCUUCCUCCCAGAAUUAUUGAAGGAAAUAAAAAUGAAUGCCUACAGUAAUUCAUAUUACCUGACAUGAUAUAUAAUCAUCAUACCUUGAAAAUGGAUAUUAUUCCUACUAUGCAGUACUGUGAGUGGACUUAUAAUGUGCAUCUACAAGUAAAUAUCUAUAUUUUCCAACAUAUCAUUGAAUUGUGUAUCUCUUUAUAGAGAUUCCAAAUUACUGAAGUUUUAUAUAGUAACAAAACUCCAGCACAGUGUCUUGUUCUUGAAGUUGCAAAGCUGACUCCAGUGAGAUUUGAUCUUAAGAUAUGAAAGGGUAAAACUGAAUACUAAAAGGCAUUUAGUCUUAGCACUGUACUGUUUCUGUCACUUCACUACUUGAGAAUUUCUGAACUGAUAAUAUUCAGAUGGACAGCACCAGGUUGAACAUUUAUAUUCUAUAGAUAUGUAGGCUAACCCAUUGUUCUAAGUUUAUAUCAUUCUCUUCAUUUUGCACCAUUCCAAUAAAUCUACCAAUCCAUAGAAACCUGUUACCUUUGUAAUAAUUGUAAGAUAAUGGUUAUUUCUGUUUAUGGCUGAGUCUUGCAGCCUUUGCCAUUGACAUUAUUCAUCUGUUGGUGUGUUGGUUCAUAUUGGACAUAAAUGUGAAAACCUUGACAAAAAAAAAAAGAAAAAAAAAAGAGUUUACACCUAUUUUCUUUUUAAAUAUUAACUACAGGAAUAUAUAUUUUAACAUUUUUGUUUUUGUUAUUUCUUAAAGAAUCAACAUAUUCUAUAGGGAACUAUCAGUUAAAAAUAGUCUAAUAAUCUGAAGAGUAACUUAUCCGAUUUAAGUAAAUUAAAGCAAAAAAUGAGAAUGUAACACUUGAAUAUCCGUCAUAUAUUAUAUUAUGUUAUAGUCAUAUUAUUUUAUAUAUUUGACAACACUCUCAAUAUUAGCUUAAUAUCUAUCAACAGAUAGUGAGAAUUCUAUUUAGUUGGCACUAGCUGUAUUGUAUGACCUUUGUAGGACUUGGCUCUUCUAUACUCAUUAACAUGAGAAUGACAUAAAAACAGUCUUUACUUGCAUGUACCAGAACUGAUUCUGUUAGCAACAUUUAUACAAUUUUGGGCAUCCACCAAACCAGUGGAAGUACAUAACUGGAAAAUCAAUUAGAAAUUGUCACUAGGAGGUAUUAUUGGAUGUAGAAAAGUUGUUUAUAUAAAAAAUAGUGAAAAUAUGUAAAAUGAAUAUUAAAUAAUUAUGGGGAACACAAUAGAGUACACUAUAAAGCCCAACUACUCUUUGCCUUUUGGUUUCUUUAGGAGUAGUAUCAGUUGUUAUUCAUAAGAAAAAGUAUUGAGAUACUUUGUUGUGGGAUGAAAUGUCACCACAUAUUCCUGAUAGUAGAUAAAGGAACAUAUACAAACAAUGAAUGGCCUGGGAUGAUUAGGUCCCUAGAGAAAAACAAUGCUGUCGUUGUAUGUGGAAGUGAUAGAAUGACCAGCAAGUAUGUUAUUACAGUGUUGAUUUAAAUACAUUUUGUUUUUGUACCAGAACUAUUUUAUUUUAAAAUUUUAAGUAAGAAUUGAAUACAUUUGCAUUGCAAAUAAAGUAACUUGUUUCUAAAAAUAUUUAAUUGUUUUUUGA